CGCCAGCGCUCCGGGAUCUCGAGGUAGCCGCAGCUCUCGCGAUCUUUCUGGGGCCGCCCCUCCACGCGGAGUCCGAGCGCGUGUGCUGAGACCCGAGGGUCGGGAGGGCGGAGACUGGGAGGGAGGGAGAAGCCCCUUUGGCCUGCCUUACGGAAGCCUGCGAGGGAGGGUGGUGUCCACUGCCCAGUUCCGUGUCCCGAUGCCCAGCGCCAGCGCCAGCCGCAAGAGUCAGGAGAAGCCGCGGGAGAUCAUGGACGCGGCGGAAGAUUAUGCUAAAGAGAGAUAUGGAAUAUCUUCAAUGAUACAAUCACAAGAAAAACCAGAUCGAGUUUUGGUUCGGGUUAGAGACUUGACAGUACAAAAAGCUGAUGAAGUUGUUUGGGUACGUGCAAGAGUUCAUACAAGCAGAGCUAAAGGGAAACAGUGCUUCUUAGUCCUACGUCAGCAGCAGUUUAAUGUCCAGGCUCUUGUGGCGGUGGGAGACCAUGCAAGCAAGCAGAUGGUUAAAUUUGCUGCCAACAUCAACAAAGAGAGCAUUGUGGAUGUAGAAGGUGUUGUGAGAAAAGUGAAUCAGAAAAUUGGAAGCUGUACACAGCAAGAUGUUGAGUUACAUGUUCAGAAGAUUUAUGUGAUCAGUUUGGCUGAACCCCGUCUGCCCCUGCAGCUGGAUGAUGCUGUUCGGCCUGAGGCAGAAGGAGAAGAGGAAGGAAGAGCUACUGUUAACCAGGAUACAAGAUUAGACAACAGAGUCAUUGAUCUUAGGACAUCAACUAGUCAGGCAGUCUUCCGUCUCCAGUCUGGCAUCUGCCAUCUCUUCCGAGAAACUUUAAUUAACAAAGGUUUUGUGGAAAUCCAAACUCCUAAAAUUAUUUCAGCUGCCAGUGAAGGAGGAGCCAAUGUUUUUACUGUGUCAUAUUUUAAAAAUAAUGCAUACCUGGCUCAGUCCCCACAGCUAUAUAAGCAAAUGUGCAUUUGUGCUGAUUUUGAGAAGGUUUUCUCUGUUGGACCAGUAUUCAGAGCGGAAGACUCUAAUACCCAUAGACAUCUAACUGAGUUUGUUGGUUUGGACAUUGAAAUGGCUUUUAAUUACCAUUACCACGAAGUUAUGGAAGAAAUUGCUGACACCAUGGUACAAAUAUUCAAAGGACUUCAAGAAAGGUUUCAGACUGAAAUUCAAACAGUGAAUAAACAGUUCCCAUGUGAGCCAUUCAAAUUUUUGGAGCCAACUCUAAGACUAGAAUAUUGUGAAGCAUUGGCUAUGCUUAGGGAAGCUGGAGUCGAAAUGGGAGAUGAAGACGAUCUGAGCACACCAAAUGAAAAGCUGUUGGGUCAUUUGGUAAAGGAAAAGUAUGAUACAGAUUUUUAUAUUCUUGAUAAAUAUCCAUUGGCUGUAAGACCUUUCUAUACCAUGCCUGACCCAAGAAAUCCUAAACAGUCCAACUCUUAUGAUAUGUUCAUGAGAGGAGAAGAAAUAUUGUCAGGAGCUCAAAGAAUACAUGAUCCUCAACUGCUAACAGAGAGAGCUUUACAUCAUGGAAUUGAUUUGGAGAAAAUUAAGGCUUACAUUGAUUCCUUCCGCUUUGGAGCCCCUCCUCAUGCUGGUGGAGGCAUUGGAUUGGAACGAGUUACUAUGCUGUUUCUGGGAUUGCAUAAUGUUCGUCAGACCUCCAUGUUCCCUCGUGAUCCCAAACGACUCACUCCUUAAAUUCACACUUUGCCACUUAACUCCAGUGUGGAUGACAGAGCAAGACCCUGCCUCAAAAAAAAAAAAAAAAAAAGAAA